UAGGGCAGGGAGGCACGGGUAUAUAUAUAUGUGUGCUGGGGGGAGGGUGAAGGGGAUAGCAUACUCACUCACUGACUGCCUCAAUUACGCCUAUACCUAGCAUCGCCACCACCAUGACAACAGCGGCACCACACCCCACGCCCGCGCACGAGCUGCCCCAGGCCCAGCCUCAGUCUACCAACAUCUCCACAGCACCAACACCGCACGCCUUCGCCGUCCCCCGCGGCCCCGUCACCGCAACCCUCACCUACUACGCCCCGCCCGCCGACAACAGCACGCCCUACAACUACGUCGAGACGCCCCCACCCGGGGUGCCGCGCUCGAACUUCGGGUCCGCCGACCACGCCAUCACCAUCAACGACAUGCGCGGGCACGAAGCCGACUUCGACCUAGACCGGCACUCAUUUGCGGCGCUCUCCAACGUGCCGUCUGAAGAACACGCCUUCGUCGACGACGCCACGAUCAAGCGCGUGUACUACCCGGAAGUGGAGGCGCUGCUGCUGUCGCAGCUGCCAGGGACCCCGCAGCGCGUGCUCCUGUUCGACCACACGAUCCGCCGGGCCGGGAAGGCGGACGCGGCGCGCGGGCCCGUGACGCGCGUGCACAUUGACCAGACGGCGCGGGCGGCGCUGGCGCGCGUCCGCCACCAUUUGCCGCACGAAGCGGACGCGCUGCUGCGCGGCCGCGUGCGCAUCGUCAACGUGUGGCGCGCGCUCAACGGGCCCGUCGUCUCGUUUCCGCUGGCCGUGGCGGACGGGAGCACCGUCCGCGGCGAGGACUUGGUCGGCGUCGAACACCGCUAUCCGGACCGCGUGGGGGAGACGGCGGGUGUCAAGUUUGAGGAGGGCCAGCGGUGGUGGUAUUGGAGUGGCAUGGGUGAGGGGGAGAGGCUGCUGCUGCUGUGUGCUGAUAGUGAGAAUGAGAGGGGUCGCGCGCCGCACACUGCUUUCGUGGAUCCGAGGACUGAGGAGGGGGCGCCCGGGAGAGAGAGCGUCGAGGUUAGGGCGCUGGUGUUUGGGUAGGUGCCCGGGGUGGGUCGGUGGGGGAUGGAGAGGGAGGGGUCUGGGGAACGGGGGUUGAGCAACAGGGUUAAGUAACGAAUCACGGCCAUCUGCAUUCAUUUAAUAUUUUCUUUCCAGCUUCAGUAUCAGUAGCGGCACGCACCCACCUACCAACGUCGUACCUAGUUAAUCCAUCCAUCUUUCUCUACUAUAUCCACGCCCCGAGUCUCCGCAGUAGCUAAGGUAUGCAGGUGAUCCACCGGCCCUUUUCUCGGCCGCCCGAGUGUUCGGGCAGCAACGGGCAACGGGCAACGGGCUAGUUAGGUGGCUAGUUACUACAGUAGCAAGCAUGCAAUAUGUAGUAAAGCCUUGGUGCAUCAGGCGCGCGCUUGUGGCGUUCCUACGUGGUGUUGGUGGCGUAUGUGGUGUUGGCGCUUGUGGCGUAUGGGUACGGGUACGGUGCGGUGUUAGUGCGGUGUUGGGUUGGGC